AUGCAAUCUCCUCCUCAACUCCCUUCAUCUCCUCAUCAUCCUCAUGAUUUGUAUUGUGAAAAUACAAAUUAUCAUACAAAUUCUUCUCGUCAAAUAAUAAGUCAACGACAACAAGAUGAGUCAUUAAUUGCAACAUAUCAACAAUAUUAUUAUCCUAAUUCAAAAAUUGAAAAUCCUCCUCUAUAUGCAUACCCUGAUCCUAAAGUUUUUAAUAUAAAAGAAACUAUUUCUGUUUUACCUCAACAACCUAUAGAAUCUCCAAUUCAACCUUCUAUUUCUGAUAAAGUAUUAUCACCAAAUGGUAGACAAAUAAAACAUCCAAUUAAACGAUUUGGUGGUAGUGAUUUUUGGGAAAAAAUGUCAUUAGAAUCAGAAAAUUAUAAUUUUAAAGAAAGACCAUUUCCACCUGCUCGAAUUAGAAAACUUACAAAAAUCAAUAUUGAUAAUAAACAAUUAAAAACAGAAACAGUAGAAAUACUUUCUCGUGCAUGUGAAUUAUUUAUUAAAGAUUUAACAACACGUGCAGGAUAUAUUACUUCAUACUCAAAAAGAAAAGUAAUUAAAAAAGAUGAUAUUGUUAAAGCAAUUGUUAGUGAUGAAAAGUUUGAUUUGCUUAUUGAUUUCUUACCACAUAAUUGA